GCACUGGACUGCCGGUAGCAGUUUGUGAUAAACAGGAACUGUCUCAGUACGAGAUCUGCGAGCAGCAUUUUACGACCGUACAGGACACGCAACCGGAAGACUGUUGGUGCCAGGAACCGACUCUGUUCUAUCAUUGCAACGGUGAUUUACUGGAAGUUGGUAGCUGCCGGUUGUGCUUAAACUUUCACCCCAGUACCAAUAUGAUUGCCAUACGCAAUAUGCUGGAGGGAAAGAUUGUCCCUUCCAUUGUGUUUGAAAUAUUGAACAUUCACUUUAAGGACGAUGAUCUCCUGUUGAUGAUAUGCGGCGAAUGUAUCGCUCGUGCCGAAAUAUUACAUUCAAUCUGGGCGGCGUUUCUUGCAGCUGAGAAAGAUUUUACGAAGUUGUUAGCGACUGCACAAACCUCGGCACUGGAGAUUCACAGUAAAAUUGUUUUAGAACAUCCGUCCGUAGAUGCGUUCAUUGAGGAAACAGAACUAUGUAGUAUCGUAGAAGCUGAGAACGAACAGUCGUUACAAUUAACACUACCUCCAGAUGAACCAUUGCUUAGAUCACCUUUCAAGGAUACAGCAGUAAUCGCACCUAAAACAAUAACCAGAUUUAGAAACUCGACGAAAUCGGUUGCAUUGAAAGCCGUCGUUGGUAGAAAGGGGAGCACGUCGUUUGGCAUAAGUUCGUUUGGCAUAAGUUCUUUUGGCAUAAUGUUCAUUUGGCAUAACAGUAGGUGA